GCUGAAGAAGACUCUUGCUGACAUUUAUCCAAUAAAAAUACAGUUUUUCAUUCACGUCUCAAUCAGAUCUAAUUUGCAUAACUCAGUAAACAAGACGUGAGCGAUGUUGACACGGCAGGAUCACCGCUACACAGGGAAAGCUACACACUAUUUUUAGAGAGCUGGGGUCGUAUCGUCAACUUUUCACACUGCUAAAGUGCACAGCUAUCUAUGACGUCAAUCUGAUUACAUUAUAACCCCACCCCUGUACAACAAAACUUUGAGAGGCUGCAGUAGUGAGACCAUUGUGAGACUGCAGUAGUGAGACCAUUGUGAGACUGCAGUAGUGAGACCAUUGUGAGACUGCAGUAGUGAGACCAUCAUGGAUACGUCAUCGCCUGUGUCAAGUUCCCAACCCAACAAAACCAAUGCAAUGGCCAGCAACCCUGACACCUGGUCGUCCUGGUUUAACAUCAACCACCCGGACUUUCCUCAGGCCACGGGCGACACGGAGACCACCGAGAACAUUCUCAAGAGCUACAAGAUCUGCGAUAAAGGAUAUGACGUCAUCUCUAGCCAGUGCCAGGUCAGCGAGACGGGCUACGUGUUUGACGAGACCACGCCCAGGAACCUCACCCCCAACGUCCUGCAGAUGUACUGCACCAAGGAUGGUGUGUCCUGCAGGAACGUGGACCAGCCCUCGGGGACCGUGUGCAAGGACUACGCCAUCAGAUACCGCUGUAAAUACUCAGGGUCAGGCAGCAGCAGUGACAGUGGGUUCCCACAGUUUGACGUCCGCAUCUACAUCAUCCUUGCUGUGGUGCCCAUCGUGAUCUUCCUCGCCAGACUCCUCUGGACCUACGUCUUCAAACAACGACGAGAGCGGCGACGUGCAGAGAGACGGGCCAGAAGGAGAGAACAGGAUGGCCAAGACCCAUCUCUCGGCCUGGCCAAACCUCCACCAUCGUAUCACGACCUGUUUGGUGAGCCCGGCCACAUCAAGGCCUCAGUGUUUACCAUCUCACGUAAUAACAUCCCUAUUUGCUCCAAGUGUAGCUCGGAGCCAUGCAGUGUUGCUGUGGUUAUUAAAACAGGAGGAGAUGGGAUGUGUAGUACAGAAAUGUUGAGGAGAGAUGGACCCCCAACUUCACAAAGUGAGGUGAAAAUCUCAUCCCCACAGCCACACCGUGUCAUCGUGACAUCGUCAAGCCAGCAUUCUCCCAAUACCACCCCUGUAGCUAGUCCAUCAAGGUCAGUCAGUGACCCCAUGCCUUCGUCAUCAGCAUUGUGUGAGGUUGAUCUUAGUGAAGUUCCCAGGGAAGACUCCGUCACUAGUUACACAGUCCAUCUAGAGAUGGAACAACCUGCUCAAGCUGAUCACCCCAGCACUUCUCCUAGUCCAUCCGUGGCCAAACCCCCUUGCAUAUCCCAACCUUGCCCUUGUGUGUGCCACCGGACUGUCCCAUUCACACACCACGGGGGUGGCGGCUAUGACAAUGCCAGCUUCAGCUACGACCUUGAGACACAGCCCCACCUGCCAGGUAUGCACAUGCAGGUGCCAGGCCUCCACAGGGCGUGGUCAACCCUGUCCACCACCUCCGUCAUCACCCUCUCAGAACUGCCCUCCUACGAAGAUGCUCUAGAACUGAUGAAGAAAAGACUGAAGGAAUCUGAAGCCAACAGUGAAGGAGUGCAAGAGACCACCCUCUCACAGAACUAAAAGACUAUCUCUUAUGGCUAGGCUGUACCUGAUGUGGCUAGACUGUACCUGGUAUGG